AUGGCCAAACCGAACGCUCUGAUGGGAAGGCCGUGGGAGAAAAGUGUCAGGAAAGCCGGGUUCAUCGGUGAGUUGCAAAAUAAAUUGUGGUCCUAUUACAGUAACCAAAAAAUUACAUAAUAUUAUAAUUUUACCAUAAAAAAAUUUUUACGGUUUUAUUUUUCACUGCCUAAACCAACAUUUUUCAGCAAUAUGUGUCUGUUUUGGCCUCGCAAUCCCCCUGAUAUUUCUCUGGAACAGCGAAAAGAUUGGGGAACAGACUCUGACCAAAGUAAACAUCGGAUCCACGGAAAUCAUCGGCCGGAAACUUCAGAUGACCGAAGGCGAUUACUUCACGGGUAUAAAAUACGGCGAUGCCGAGAGGUUCGGAGACCCGAAACUGAGUCCACUCGACAAUCCGACGGUUGCGACAUUCUGGCCAAAAGACUGUUUUGGAAAACAAAAUAAAAAAGGGGCCGAGGACUGCCUUUAUCUAAAUUUAUAUCGAUGCAGAGGAGUGGUGAGUGAUGACAAAAGAAUGUUGUAUGAGGAACUGAUUGAGGUUCAUUAAAUUUGGCCUAGAAUUUUGAAGUAAAUGCAUACCUUAGCUCUUCUCAUUUUCCAUAGCCCCUAAAAAAUGUGCAAAACACAAAUUUUGCUUCAUUUUCAGACCAAAUCCGAUCCUCUGCCAGUGCUAGUCCUCAUCAAUGUGGGUCCAAACACCCAGAACCUCGACCCGACUUUGCUGACACGCAUCUUGGCUUGCCGUGGGAUGAUUAUUGCUACAAUUGGCUACAGGAAAGGUGGAAUGGGACAAUUCAACCUCAAAAACGAAACUGAUUACACUCCCCCGGCUGUCAAGGAUGUGGAAUUGGCUUUGAAAUGGAUCAAAGACAUUAUCCAUGCCUUUCAUGGGGAUCCAAAUAAAGUUACCGUAUUCGGAGCUGGCCAUGGAGGGAAAGUGGUCGAAUUUAUGAGCAAAGACCCGAGAAAAGGUAGGGGAAAAGGCAAAAAUAUGGAUUUCUACACUGUAAAAUCGUAUUUUCCGAGUGUCUCAUUGUUUGAUAAUACAUAUUAAACUUUGAAAACUUUAAGUAAAAAGUAAUGUUUUAGCCAAUGUGAUGUAAUAUUAUUUUAGAUCCCCUAUUCCAACAAGUGAUCCAAACUCAGUCCGCUCUCGAGCUUCCAACCCUAUUCAGACCAAUCAACGAAUUCGUCAAGGAAAAUAGCCUCAUGCUAGCUCAGAAAUUAAACUGCACUUCAAUUACCUCGAUGAAUAAUACGACAGAAACCGAGGCCGAUCAAGCUCUACGAUGUCUGAGGAGGGUGGAUCGGAAGGUAAACACUUAAUAUCUACGAGAUCUGAGCUUAAUUUAUUUUACUUUGUAUAUCAACUUCUAAAAUUUAUAUUAUUUUAGUUGCACUUUGAUUCAAUUUAGUUCUUUUAGCAAUUGCACGAUCAAUUAAAGACUCUGGACAUCAGAGGAGACGAUUGGCCGUUAGAUCAGAGCGCUUUCUACACCAAUGGACGCUUAAUUAAGCAAAGGUACCUCCCAACUUUACUCGGAUCUUGUUUUUGGAACCCAAAAAAUAACAAAAAUGAUACAAAGGUGCUGGAAGACAGCCUCAGAGAAGUUUUAGUGGACUUGCCCGACUUCAAAGAGUUUCUUUACAAGCAAGAGAUCGUAGAAUAUUAUGUGGAACAAUUUGGGGGAAAGACAGGUCUGGAACAAGCAAUGAAGCAGGUAAAAAUUAUACAAAUCAUCACAUUUUUAGUCAUCCAAAUUCUGAAAAAUCUCAUUUCAGAUAAGAUUUGACUUCCACACAUUAUCAGGGCUACUUUUGAGAGCUUUGGAGGGCGAAACGACCACCCAUUACUUCCACUCGACCGGAUUUUGUAUCGAAAAUCUUCUUUUCAACUCAAAUAAUGACCAUCGCAAUGUGAAGGCGCAACAUUUCUUCGCUGAUGCGGUCGCCAGCUUUGUCCAUACGGGGUCAGAUAGCAUUUCCUUUUACGAAAUCACUUCGUUUCUCAUUUCAUACAACAUUUUUAUAUAAUACUAGACAAUAAUCUCGAUAUUUUAGCGAUCCCAACCCUCCGAAUAAUCCGUUCUGGCCUCGUUUUGUUACAAACUCCACAGCGACCAUAUUAUCGAUGAGUGAUAAAGGAUUUGUCGUUAGUCGGAACCCCUUUCCGCUCAUCACCAACUUCUGGUUAUGCAAAAUGGCUCAAUUUACCGGCCUCAAUCCUAUCUGCGGUUAA